AUGGCUGCGGCAAACAAUGGAUCAAACACAACUAGGACCUUUACAAAUCAGUUCGUACAACCGCCUUGGCGCAUCGUGCUAUGGUCCGUCGCGUACAGCCUUGUGCUCGCCGUGGCGGUUUUUGGGAACCUGAUAGUGAUUUGGAUCGUAUUGGCACACAAGAGGAUGCGGACCGUGACAAACUACUUUUUACUCAACUUGGCUUUCUCCGACGCCUCAAUGGCCGCGUUCAACACGUUGAUUAAUUUCAUAUAUGCUGCUCACGGCAAUUGGUACUUUGGAGAAUCAUACUGCAAGUUCCACAACUUUUUCCCAGUAACAGCAGUGUUUUCAAGCAUCUAUUCAAUGAGCGCAAUAGCAGUCGACAGGUGAGCUCUGGAGACAUCAACUUCAAUCUCAUACAUUCUAUUACAUUUGGUGAAAUGCAUUGUAUUGGCCUAUAUUAAAUGUGACAAUUUAUUAUGAUUUAUUUAAUGCUAGGCCGGUUUAGUGUAUAAUAGCCUAAUGUACUGAUUCUAUAAUCAAACCCUAAAAUCAAAUAAGAAAAAGGUAGGCCUAAUGGUAUAUAUAACAAGGCACCUGAUAUUGCUCAGAUGCCAAAAUUUUCAUGCAUCAUAAUAGCCUGUUAUUCAUGCCAUGUAUGCAUACAGGUCAUUAACACAAACACACAAACAAAUGGGAAACCAACCCUCUCCUUACAUUCUGUCAAAAUGAGAAUGAACUGAAUGUAGCUUUUAAUCCACUAUUCUAACUAAUAAAGAUCCUGCGACACAAUGUGCAUCCCAAAUGGCACCCUUUUCCCUGUACUGUAUAUUGCACUACUUUUGAGCCCUAUGGGUGAUGGGCAAAAGUACUGCACUAUAAAGGGAAUAGGGUGCCAUUUGGGAUGCACACAAAAUGAGAAAACGAUUAAGGUUCUUGAGGAUUUGAUCAAGCAUUGCAUUACUAGUUGGUGUAUAAAAGAGAUAGAUUACGUCUAAUGAGCUCCACUGUGCAGCCAACCUAUCAUUAUGGAGGGACGUGCUGAUUAAAUAAUUAAAAUGCAGUACCUGCUGUGAAAUAAUGGCUUUAAGUGCCAAGAGUGCUUAUAUGAAAACUAUACUAACACCAACACACAGACACACACGAGCGAGCAAGCUGCCCCACAUAAACACACGCACGUGUGCAUACACAUGUGUAACGGUUGGUGUGAGGUGUGACCCAGGUGCGGUGCAGUCCUGUGUAGCUCAGUUGGUAGAGCAUGGCGGUUGCAACACCAGGGUUGUGGGUUCGAUUCCCACGGGGGACUAGUAUGAAAAUGUAUGCACUCACUACUGUAAGUCGCUCUGGAUAAGAUUGUCUGCUAAAUGACUAAAAUAUAGAAAUGUGCAGGAUAUACAGUAGGCAGUAGGCAGAGAUGGUGAAACAAGGAUCUUUACUGGUGGUCCCGAAGCCAGAAUACAAAAUAACGGACUUAACACGAUAAAAGAAAGGCGGAGCAAAUAAGUCUCCAAAAACCAUCUGACAGCCGAAAUACUACAUUUACGUCAUUUAGCAGACGCUCUUAUCCAGAGCGACUUACAGUUAGUGCAUACAUUAUUCUUUUUUUAUACUGCCCCCCCGUGGGAAUCGAACCCACAACCCUGGCGUUGCAAACGCCAUGCUCUACCAACUGAGCUACCUCCCUGCCGGCCAUUCCCUCCCCUACCCUGGGCCAAUUGUGCGCUGCCCCAUUGGUCUCCCGGUUGCGGCCGGCUACAGCAGAGCCUGGAUUCGAACCAGGAUCUCUAGUGGCACAGCUAGCACUGCGAUGCAGUGCCUUAGACCACUGCGCCACUCGGGAGGCUACUACUUACGACUGAAACAAAUAACGAAACAGGGGGAACACUUCUCAAGUACCUGUACAUAGGUCUCCAAUCAGACACUGAGUAGUACUGCUGGACAUAGAGAAACUAACAGAGAAAACUGAGCAAGGGAAGUGAGGGCAUAAAUACACAGGUGAACAGGUAGACACAGGUGACACCAAUAGGAUACUUAUUAGUCCAGACUGUGAGUGAGGAGGUGCCUAAGGUUGUCGGAGGAUGACACCUAGUGGGUCGCUCCAGAACUGCGACCCCCUCCUGUAGCACACACUGGAUUUACCCUGCUGUGCUUCUUCUCGGGGUGAAACAUUGCAGGGGCCUCAUUUAUCAAAGGUGCAUGUGGACGAAAAAUACACACAUUUUGCGUGUGCCAGUUUUCCUACAAAAGUUGGUAUCCAUCCAUUUUGAACUUGAUGGGAAAGUGUGUAUCUCCAUGCAUAUCUAAGACCAUGCAUACUCAGAACUUCUAUUGGUUGAUCAACUGAAUUGCAAGCAAAUGUUGUUAUUUUUGGGGGAAAUAGAGUUGUUUGACGCACAGGAAUUAUAAUAAUGGUAGGCUAAUGAAAACAAUAAAACGUAGGCCUUUAUAAAACAGAUGCAUUUGCCUUGGUAAGAAGAUUACAUAGCAGCAUCUCGCCUAAUAGCCUAUAUGUACAUUUAUUAUAUAGGCCUAAAUCAUAAUCAUAUAACAGGGCAUGUCUCUACUUUUCUGACAUAACUGGUUUAUUCCCUCUAUAUAACAAAUAUUAGGCUACCAUUUAUCCAUCGCACAUUUAAUAGCCAACCAUGCUCAAAAGUAAAUAGACCGGUAGCCUAUGACAGUAACGGUAGGCUACAGUAUUGCUGUGCGAUAGGAGCGUGACAUAGCCUAUUUAAUCUCAGAGCCUUUAUCAAGACAGGAGAUAGAAACACAAUCAUGUAUUGAUAAACAAAAUAUUGAACAACAAUUUGUCUUUUGCAUAGAAGUGUGGGCUGUAGACAGCAUUUAUCUUUUAAAUUGUUCAAUAGACAAUCUUGCAGAAUGUGCGGACAGUGUUUGGCACUCGCUAUAGGCAUGAUUUUUUAUUUUUUUUAAGUCACCGCUGAAGAUAAAAACAUUCUGCCCACACCUCUACAGAAACAUCUGAGGAUUUCAGAAAUGUAUAAUGUGUUGGAUAGAUGUGUGAAGAGGUUACAGAAGACAGAAAUGCAAAAAGUGUCCCACUUUUUCGGAAUUCACUCAAAUAACAGUAGCCUACUAAUAAUUAUUUAUGACUGUUUUAUAACCUUAACAUCAAAACAGAAAUAAAUGAGGCCCCAGGUGUCUGGAGGUCAAUUUUAUACCUUUACACGUUGUGCUGCACAGUAGGACUACAGUCCAACAUCUCUUUUCAUCUCACUUUGAAGUUAGUCAAAGGAGUUAAUCUGCCUGGGCAUGAGCACGACCUGACUACUUAUAGGCCUACUGUGGGCCUUUGAUACACAGAAUCAAAGACAGAGCACACACUCAGUACAGGUAUACACUCACGCAGGCAGGCAGGCAGGCAGGCAGGCAGGCAGGCAGGCAGGCAGGCAGGCAGGCAGGCAGGCAGGCAGACAGGCAGACAGACAGACAGACAGACAGACAGACAGACAGACAGACAGACAGACAGACCAGACAGACAGGACAGGACAGGACAGGACAGGACAGGACGACAGGACAGGACAGGACAGGACAGGACAGGACAGGACAGGACAGGACAGGACAGGACAGGACAGGACAGGUAAGGUAGGUAAGGUAAGGAAGGAAAGUAAGGUAAGGUAAGGUAAGUAAGGUAAGGUAAGGUAAGGUAAGGUAAGGUAAGGUAAGGUAAGGUAAGGUAGGUAAGUAGGUAAGGUAGUAAGGUAAGGUAAGUGGUAAGGUAAGGUAAGGUAAGGUAGGUAAGGUAAGGUAAGGUACGGUAAGGUACGGUAAGGUAUGGUAGGUAAGGUAAGGUAGGUAAGGUAAGGUAAGGUAAGGUAAGGUAAGGUAGGUAAGGUAAGGUAAGGUAAGGACUGAGGAUGAAACCUGACAGUCUAGCAGUAAGUUCUGGGGAAAUGGAAUCUAUGUUUACCGAAAACCAAACAAACAGCACUGUUGAAUCCAAUUAAAGAUAGACUGGGAAGAGUCAGAGUCAAUCAAUCAUAACUAGCUCCACAUGGGGCAUCCUUUGUUUUAAGUACCUGAGAUACUGUAAAUAUAUGUUAAAGCAAUCUGAAAUUGGGCACAGACACAGAGACACACUGCUCCAGAGAAGAUCGGUAUUUCAUUUACUGUUUGAUUUGACAUCGUAGUAUUUCAACCUGCGGUCUGGCUUUUGUCAAGAGGAGCUUGUUUAAUUCACGUUCGGAAAAUGGAGGCCUCAAUGUUUGACAACACUCAGAACUCUCCAGCGAGACAGAAACAACACUCGCAUCUCAUCCUCUUCUUUGUCGCUUUUAUAGUUGAUCAAACACAGCCACCGCCAAAUAUAUUUUUGUAAAUACAAAUGAGAGCUUAUAAAGAAUGCAGUUGUACAACAAGACAUUUCCCACUGGGCACAGAUGUCAAUUCAACGUCUAUUCCACGUUGGUUCAACGUAAUUUCAUUAAAAUUAUGUGGAAAUUAUGUUGAUUCAACCAGUGUGUGCCCAGUGGGUGCUGCAUACUAAAUUGUAUGCAUUAACUUUAGUCAGGGCAUAAGCGCUACUCAAAAUAAAAAAAGUCAUAUACAGUCAAUGAAGUAGACCAGACACAGCUGCGAUCACAUUGGUGUCUAUGGGAGAGCCACCGCUUAAGUAGACCGGAACUGUGACAAUGUUUUUUAAUUGUAAACGGCCUGAGUAAGAAAUCUUCAUUUAUCCACCAUCUUUGCUUUCACACCCUGACUGACCUUUUGACCUCUUGAACUGUUUCAGUGACCAUUUUAUAGACUGACGGACAGGGUCUGGUAGUGCUCCAGUCCUCCCUGUUAGACUUGGAAAGCAUAUCAACUCCCGUAGAAAUGGCACUAUGGUUGUUGUGCGUAACCUAAUUUCUGUUCCUCUAACGCCGCCUUUUAGUGAGUUUAUACAAACUGUCAUAUCUUACCAUUCUGAUAGAUUGGAGAAAAAAUUUGGUUGUAAUGUUAAUAAUUUGGUUGUUAUUCCAUUGGUUACCUCGAGGCAGAUGCCCCAGGGGCAGAGUGGCCCAAACUCAUUGAAUAUGACACUUUUAAAUGUUAGAGCAAUCACUAGUAAAACCUUUCUCGUGAAUUACCUUAUUACUGAGCGCAAAUUUGAUUGCAUCUUUCUCACUGAAACAUGGCUGUCUUCAGACUGUAGUGCCGCUCUAAUUGAAGCCUCCCCCCGGACUACAGCUUUUCAUACUCUAUCACAAAAGGGAAAAAGGGUGGGGGAACAGCCUCCAUUUUUACUAGUGCUCUCAGCUGUAAGGACAUUUCAUUUGGCAACUUUGGGUCUUUUGAGCAUCAUGCUAUACUGUUUAAAUGUCAACCACCAGUGCUGGCUAUAACCCUGUUUAGGCCACCAAAGCACUGCCCCACAAUUUUGACUGAUUUCUCUGAACAAUUGUCUGUUGUCCUUGAGAACAAUAAUAAAAUCAUUGUGUUGGUCGAUUUCAAUAUUCAUGUUGACAAAGAGACUGACUCCAAGGCCAUUGAAUGUAUUAAUAUUUUUAUCCAACAUGUUACUGGGCCCACCCAUAACUGUGGCCAUACUCUGGACCUGAUUAUUACAGAGGGGCUUUCUAUUGACAAAUCCUCUAUUGUUUACGUCGCUUUAUCUGAUCAUCAAGUUGCAGGUCCAUUAUGAUAUUCUGAGAGAGCAACUUGGCAUAUAUAACAAGGCAAUUAGAAAUGCCAGACAGGCCCAUUUCUCUAACUUGAUCAUUAAUAAUCAGAAUAAUUUGAGAGUGCUAUUCUCGACCAUUGAUGGCCUGAUAAAUCCUACCCCCGCAAAACUAUAUGAACUUUCCUCCACAUCUAAAUGUGAUGAGUUAGUGGCAUAUUUCAGAGAUAAGAUGACCAACAUUAGGCUGGGUAUCAGUCAAACAAGACCUGAUGAGAAGUAUGAUGAUAUGUGCCCUAGCGUACCACGCAAAGGCACUAUGGAGUUAUUUUCUCUGGUUGAUACAGACAUGCUCAGGAAAGUGAUAUCACAACUUAAGCCUUCUACCUGUCUUAUCGAUCCUAUCCCCACCACCUUCUUCAAAACAGUUUUUAAUUGCAUAUCUGAAGAAGUGCAAGCUAUUGUUAAUCACUCCCUGUUCACAGGCACUUUCCCCACUACACUAAAAACUGCUAUGGUGAAAUCCCUUCUGAAGAAAAGUAAUCUAGAUUUUUCAGCUUUUAGCAAUUUUCGGCCAAUCUCCAACCUUCCAUUCUUAAGCGAAAUUCUGGAGAAAUAGUUUUUGCUCUUUUUUAAGUGGGAACUGUAUUUUUGAAAAAAUUCUAUCUGGUUUUCUUGCCCACCACAGCACAGAGACUGCCUAAGUUAAAGUGGUAAAUUAUCUUAGAGCCAACACAGAUGCCGAAUAGUUCUCUGUCCUUGUACUCUUGGAUUUAAGUGCUGCAUGAUGAUGUCCUUCUAGACAGACUGGAGAGGUGGGUUGGUCUCUCUGGUCCAGUUCUAAAUUGGUUUAGGACCUAUUUCACCGGUCAAGAGUUUUUUGUCACCCUUAGUGAACAUAACCCAGAGAAAAUACAUAUCCCAUGUGGCGUUCCACAAGGUUCGAUUUUGGGUUCAGUUUAUAUAUAUGUUGCCCCUUGGCAGCGUUAUCAGAAAGCACAACAUUGAUUUUCACUGCUACGCAGACGAUACACAGCUUUACAUUUCUGUGUCACCAGUACAUUUUAGCUCCACAGAUAAAUUAUUAGACUGUAUUAGUGAUUUAAAUACUUGGAUGGCUCACAACUUCCUCCAGCUAAAUCAAGACAAGACCGAGGUACUUACUAAAGCACACAGAAUCUGGCCACAUAUUUUAUUUCACAGUCAAAUAAGAUAGAACACCAGAUAAAAAACAUAGGUGUCAUUUUACAUUCUGAACUCAAUUUCGAAUCACACAUUAGGAAUGUGACCAAAAUAGCUUUUUACCACCUGAGGAACAUUGCCAAGGUGUGGCCGUUUCUAUCUCAGGCUGAUACAGAGAGACUCAUUCAUGCUUUUAUUACAAGCAGGCCUGACUACUGUAAUGCUCUCCUGUCUGAUCUACCCAAGAAAGCCAUUGGCCAAUUGCAAAACAUAAAGAAUGCAGCAGCACGGCCAGAAGGAGAGCACACAUUACACCGGUUUUAAAGUCUCUGCACUGGCUUCCUGUGAGUUUGAGAAUUAAUUUUAAGAUUCUUCUUUUGGUUUUUAAAUCAAUCCACAAUUGUGCACCCCAAUACAUGUCAGACAUGCUUUUGAGUAAUGUACCCAGUAGGUCCAUCAGGUCCUUUAGCACUGGCCUUUUAACUAUCCCAAAGCCUAGGACCAAGAUGCAUGGAGAGGCAGCCUUUAGUUACUAUGCCCCCAGCCUCUGGAAUAGCCUGCCAGAGAACCUGAGGGGGGCCAAAACUGUGGACAUAUUUAAAAUAUAUCCUUAGGGAGAUUUUUUAGUCUUUCAGUUUUAAUUGUUAUUCUUUAGUUUUUUAUCCUGUUAUGUUUGUAGUGUAGUAAAUAUUUCUGUUUUUAUUUUCAUAUUUUUUUUUUUAUUUAAGUUUUUUCCUGUUAAGCGCAUUGCGUCGCAUUCAUGUCUGAAAUGUGCUAUAUAAAUAAAACUUGAUUUUUGACAUCCCUGCAGGUACAUGGCCAUUAUCCACCCACUGAAACCCCGGCUGUCAGCCACAGCCACCAAGGUGGUGAUUGUGUGUAUCUGGGCGCUGGCCGUGGUGCUGGCCUUCCCCCUCUGCUUCUACUCCACCAUCCGCACCCUGCCCCGCCGGACCAUCUGCUACGUGGCCUGGCCCCGGCCCUCGGACGACUCCUUCAUGUGAGUGAGACACUCCGGGUGCAUCUCAAUAUUAUAAAGUGGCUUCCUUUACUCACCUGCUCUUGUUCAUCUUCACUGAUCUGAAAACAGUUUUGGGUUGGUUGGAAAUGAAACUGUAUAUUGAGGUAUGAAACUGUAUAUUGAGGUGAACUUGCUGCUGAUGGUUUGUGUGUGGUUGGAUUGAAAACCUACAGGAGGGUAGCUCUCCAGGAACAGGGUUGGAGAGCCCUGAUGUAAGGCAAUUAACAUGGCCAAUAAUACAGGCACUAGUCAAACGCACAUACAAUCCCAGUCAAAAGUUUGAACGCACCUACUCAUUCAAGGGUUUUUCUUUAUUUUUACUAUUUUUUACAUUGUAGAAAAAUAGUGAAGACAUCAAAACUAUUAAAUAACACAUAUGGAAUCAUGUAGUAACCAAAAAAGCGUUAAACAAAUCAAAAUAUAUUUUCUAUUUGAGAUUCUUCAAAUAUCCACCCUUUGCCUUGAUGACAGCUUUGCACACUCUUUGCAUUCUCUCAACCAGCUUCAUGAGGUAGUCACCUGGAAUGCAUUUCAAUUAACAGGUGUGCCUUCUUAAAAGUUAAUUUGUGGAAUUUCUUUCCUUCUUAAUGCGUUUGAGCCAAUCAGUUGUAUUGUGACAAGGUAGGGGGGUAUACAGAAGAAAGCCCUAUUUGGUAAAAGACCAAGUCCAUAUUAUGGCAAGAACAGCUCAAAUAAGCAAAGAGAAAUGACAGUCCAUCAACACUUUAAGACAUGAAGGACAGUCAAUCUGGAACAUUUCAAGAGAUUUGAAAGUUUCUUCAAGUGCAGUCGCAAAAACCAUAAAGUGCUAUGAUGAAACUGGCACUCAUGAGGACCGCCACAGGAAUGGAAGACCCAGAGUUACCUCUGCUGCAGAGGAUAAAUUCAUUAGAGUUACCAGCCCAAAUAAAUGCUUCACAGAGUUCAAGUUACAGACACAUCUCAACUGAUGUUCUAGCAGUGUCUGAAUCCUGGCUUAGGAAGGCCACCAAAAAUUCUGAAAUUUCCAUCCCCAACUAUAACAUUUUCCGUCUAGAUAGAACUGCCAAAGGGGGUGGAGUUGCAAUCUACUGUAGAGAUAGCCUGCAGAGCUCCAUCAUACUAUCCAGGUCUGUGCCCAAACAGUUUGAGCUUCUACUUCUAAAAAUCCACCUUUCCAGAAAUAAAUCUCUCACUGUUGCCGCUUGCUACAGACCCCCCUCAGCCCCCAGCUGUGCCCUGGACACCAUAUGUGAAUUGAUUGCCCCCCAUCUAUCCUCAGAGUUCGUACUGCUUGGUGACCUAAAUUGGGAUAUGCUUAACACCCCGGCCAUCCUACAAUCUAAACUAGAUGCCCUCAAUCUCACACAAAUUAUCAACGAACCUACCAGGUACAACCCUAAAUCCGUAAACAUGGGUACCCUCAUAGAUAUCAUCCUGACUAACUUACCCUCUAAAUACACCUCCGCUGUCUUCAACCAGGAUCUCAGCGAUCACUGCCUUAUUGCCUGCGUCCGUAACGGGUCCGCGGUCAAACGACCACCCCUCAUCACUGUCAAACGCUCCCAAAAACACUUCAGCAAGCAGGCCUUCCUAAUUGACCUGGCCCAGGUAUCCUGGAUGGAUAUAGAUCUCAUUCCGUCAGUAGAGGAUGCCUGGUUGUUCUUUAAAAGUAAUUUCCUCUCAAUCUUAAAUAGACAUGCCCCAUUCAAAAAAUACAGAACUAAGAACAGAUAUAGCCCCUGGUUCUCCUCAGACUUGACUGCCCUUGACCAGCACAAAAACAUCCUGUGGCGUACUGCAUUAGCAUCAAAUAGCCCCCGCGAUAUGCAACUUUUCAGGGAAGUUAGGAACCAAUAUACACAAGCAGUUAGGAAAGCAAAGGCUAACUUUUUCAAACAGAAAUUUGCAUCCUGUAGCACUAACUCCAAAAAGUUUUGGGACACUGUAAAGUCCAUGGAAAAUAAGAGCACUUCCUCCCAGCUGCCCACUGCACUGAGGCUAGGAAACACUAUCACCACCGAUAAAUCUACAAUAAUCGAGAAUUUCAACAAGCAUUUUGCUACGGCUGGCCAUGCUUUCCACCUGGCUUCCACUACCCCGGCCACCAGCUCUGCACCCUCCGCUGCAACUUGCCCAUGCCCCCCCCGCUUCUCCUUCACACAAAUCCAGACAGCUGAUGUUCUAAAAGAGCUGCAAAAUCUGGACCCCUACAAAUCAUCUGGGCUAGACAAUCUGGACCCUUUCUUUCUAAAACUAGCCGCCGAAAUUGUCGCAACCCCUAUUACUAGCCUGUUCAACCUCUCUUUCGUAACGUCUGAGAUCCCCAGAGAUUGGAAAGCUGCCGCGGUCAUCCCCCUCUUCAAAGGGGGUGACACUCUAGAUCCAAACUGUUACAGACCCAUAUCCAUCCUGCCCUGCCUCUCAAAAGUUUUUGAAAGCCAAGUCAACAAACAGAUCACCGACCAUUUCGAAUCCCACCGUACCUUCUCCGCUAUGCAAUCCGGUUUCCGAGCUGGUCAUGGGUGCACUUCAGCCACGCUCAAGGUCCUAAACGAUAUUAUAACCGCGAUCGAUAAUAGACAGUACUGUGCAGCCCUUUUCAUUGACCUGGCCAAGGCUUUCGACUCUGUCAACCACCGCAUUCUUAUUGGCAGACUAAAUAGCCUUGGUUUCUCAAAUGACUGCCUCGCCUGGUUCACCAACUACUUCUCAGAUAGAGUUCAAUGUGUCAAAUCGGAGGGCCUGUUGUCUGGACCUAUGGCAGUCUCUAUGGGGGUGCCACAGGGUUCAAUUCUUGGGCCGACACUUUUCUCUGUGUAUAUCAAUGACGUCGCUCUUGCUGCUGGUGUCUCUCAGAUCCACCUCUACGCAGACGACACCAUUUUGUAUACAUCUGGCCCUUCAUUGGACACUGUGUUAACAAACCUCCAAACGAGCUUCAAUUCCAUACAACACUCCUUCAGUAGCCUCCAACUGCUCUUAAACACUCGUAAAACUAAAUGCAUGCUCUUCAACCGAACGCUGCUUGCACCCGCCCACCCGACUAGAAUCACUACUCUCGACGGGUCUGACCUAGAGUAUGUGGACAACUACAAAUAUCUAGGUGUCUGGUUAGACUGUAAACUCUCCUUCCAGACUCACAUUAAGAAUCUCCAAUCCAAAGUUAAAUCUAGAAUCGGUUUCCUAUUUCGCAACAAAGCCUCCUUCACUCAUGCUGCCAAACAUGCCCUCGUAAAACUGACUAUCCUACCGAUCCUUGACUUCGGCGACGUCAUUUACAAAAUAGCCUCCAACACUCUACUCAGCAAAUUGGAUGUAGUCUAUCACAGUGCCAUCCGUUUUGUCUCCAAAGCCCCAUAUAAUACCCACCACUGUGACCUGUACGCUCUUGUUGGCUGGUCCUCACUACAUAUUCGUCGCCAAACCCACUGGCUCCAGGCCAUCUACAAAUCACUGCUAGGCAAAUCCCCGCCUUAUCUUAGCUCAUUGGUCACCAUAGCAACACCCACCCGUAGUCUGCGCUCCAGCGGGUAUAUCUCACUGGUCAUCCCCAAAGCCAACACCUCCUUUGGCCGCAAUUCCUUCCAGUUCUCUGCUGCCAAUGACUGGAACAAAUUGCAAAAAUCUCUGAAGCUGGAGACACUUAUCUCCCUCACUAACUUUAAGCAUCAGUUGUCAGAGCACCUUCCCGAUCACUGCACCUGUACACAGCCCAUCUGAAAUUAGCCCGCCCAACUACCUCAUCCCUAUAUUGUUAUUUAUUUUGCUCAUUUGUACCCCAGUAUCUCUAUUUGCACAUCAUCUCUUGCACAUCUAUCAUUCCAGUGUUAAUACUAAUUGUAAUUAUUUUGCACUAUAGCCUAUUUUAUUGCCUUACCUCCAUAACUUGCUAAAUUUGCACACGGUAUAUUAUAUGUAUUUCUGUUGUAUUUUUGACUUUGUUUUGUUUUACCCCAUAUGUAACUCUGUGUUGUUGUUUUUAUCGCACUGCUUUGCUUUAUCUUGGCCAGGUCGCAGUUCUAAAUGAGAACUUGUUCUCAACUGGUUUACCUGGUUAAAUAAAGGUGAAAUAAAAACAUAUAUAUACAGGCCUUCAUGGUCGAAUUGCUGCAAAGAAACCACUACUAAAGGACACCAAUAAGAAGAAGAGACCUGCAAAUUGUAGAUUUUUGGUUCCAACCGCUGUGUCCUGGUGAGACGUGGUGUGGGUGAACGGAUGAUCUCUGCAUGUGUAGUUCCCACCGUAAAGCAUGGAGGAGGAGGUGUUAUGGGGUGGGGGUGCUUUGCUGGUGACACUGUCUGUGAUUUAUUUAGUAUUCAAGGCACACUUAACCAGCAUGUCUACCAUAGCAUUCUGUAGCAAUACGCCAUCCCAUCUUGUUUGGGCUUAGUGGGAAAAUCAUCUGUUUUUCAACAGGACAAUGACCCAACACCCCUCCAGGCUGUGUAAGGGCUAUUUGACCAAGAAGGAGACUGAUGGAGUGCUGCAUCAGAUGACUUGGCCUCCACAAUCCCCCGACCUCAACCCAAUUGAGAUGGUUUGGGAUGAGACGGACCACAGAGUGAAGGAAAAGCAGCCAGUAUAUGUGGGAACUCCAUAUAUGUGCUCAGUAUAUGUGGGAACUCCUUCAAGACUAUUGGAAAAGCAUUCCAGGUGAAGCUGGUUGAGAGAAUGCCAAGAGUGUGCAAAGCUGUCAUCAAGGCAAAGGGUGGCUAUUUGAAGAAUCUCAAAUAUAACAUAUCUUUUGAUUUGUUUAACACUUUUUUGGUUACUACAUGAUUCCAUAUGUGUUAUUUCAUAGUUUUGAUGUAGAAAAUAGUAAAAAUAAAGAAAAACCCUUGAAUGAGUAGGUGUGUCCAAACUUUUGGCUGGUACUGUACAUCCAAAUAUACUCAAAACUCAAUAGUAACUACAAUAUGAAAAAGGAUCUAAGUAACAUGAUCAAUAUCUACACAAACAUACAUAGGCAAUGGAGUUACUUAGAUACCAACAAAGAAUACGAUCAAUAAUGGCACAUAGACAAACAUAUAAAAUGUGCUCAAAUCAAAGGUACACGAUAAAGGAGCACAAACUCAUACUGAACAAAAAUAUAAAUGUGACAUGUAAAGUGCUGGUCCAAUGUUUCAUGAGCUGAAAUAAAAGUUCCCAGAAAUGUUCCAUAUGAACAAAAAGUUUGUUUCUCAAAAAAAUAUUACAUACAUGUUAGUGAUAAUUUCUCCUUUGCCAAGAUAAUCCAUCCACCUGACAGGUGUGGCAUAUCAAGAAGCUGAUUAAACAGCAUGAUCAUUACACAGGUGCACCUUGUGCUGGGCACAAUAAAAGGUCACUCUAAAAUGUGUAGUAAUGUGCCCAACUGUCACACCCUGGCUCUGGGGACUCUAUAUGUUGAGCCAGGGUGUGUAGAUUCUAUGUGUUUGAGUUCUGUGUUGUAGUUCUAGUGGUUUCAUUUCUAUGUUGGCCAGUGUGGUUCUCAAUCAGAGGCAACGAGUGUCAGCUGUUGCUGGUUGUCUCUGAUUGGGAACCACAUUUAAACAGGCUGUUUUCCCACAGUAGUUGUGGGAUCUUGUUCCUUUUGGUUUGUUCCGUGUUGGUUGUUUAACCUAGGACGUCACGUUAUUCGUUUAUUGUUUUGUUCGUGUUAUCACUUUGGAUAAUAAAGUAUGUUUGCCUUCAACGCUGCGCCUUGGUCUACUCCGUUCAACGAUCGUGACACCAACGUCGUUUUAGAGAAUUUGGCAGUACGUCCAAACAGCCUCACAACCACAGACCAUGUGCAACCACGCCAGCCAGGACCUUAACAUCUGGCUUCUUCACCUGCGGGAUCGUCUGAGACCAGCCACCUGGACAGCUGAUGAAAUUGUAGGUUUACACAACUGAAGGAUUUCUGCAUAAACUGUCAGAAACCGUCUCAGGGAAGCUCAUCUGCGUGCUCGUUGUCCUCACCAGGGUCUUGACCUGACUGCAGUUCGGCGUCCUAACCAACUUCAGUGGGCAAAUGCUCAGUUUCGAUGGCCACUGGCACGCUGGAGAAGUGUGCACUUCAUGCAUUAAUCCGGUUUCAACUGCAGAUGGCAGACAGCGUGUAUGGCGUCGUGUGGAGGAGCAGUUUGCUGAUGUCAAUGUUGUGAACAGAGUGCCCCAUGGUGGCGGUGGGGUUAUGGUAUGGGCAGGCAUAAGCUACGGACAAAACACAAUUGCAUUUUAUCGAUGGCAAUUUGAAUGCACAGAGAUACCAUGACGAGAUCCUGAGGCCCAUUGUCGUGCCAUUCAUCUGCUGCCAUCACCUCAUGUUUCAGCAGGCCCCAGCAGGCCCCAUGUCGCAAGGAUCUGUACACGAUUCCUGGAAGCUGAAAAUGUCCCAGUUCUUCCAUGGCCUGCAUACUCACCAGACAUGUCACCCAUUGAGCAUGUUUGGGAUGCUCUGGAUUGACGUGUACGAGUGUGUUCCAUUUCCCACCAAUAUCCAGCAACAACGCACAGCCAUUGAAGAGGAGUGGGACAACAUUCCACAGGCCACAAUCAACAGCCUGAUCAACUCUAUGCGAAGGAGAUGUGUUGCGCUGCAUGAGGCAAAUGGUGAUCACACCAGAUACUGAUUGGUUUUCUGAUCCACACCCCUACCAUUUUUUAAAGGUAUCUGUGACCAACAAAUGAAUAUCUGUAUUCCAGCUCAUGUGAAAUCCAUAGAUUAGGGCCUAAUGAAUGUAUUUCAAUUGAAUGAUUUCCUAUAUGAUCUGUAACUCAGUAAAAUCUUUCAAAUUGUUGCAUGUUGCAUUUAUAUUUUUGUUCAGUGUACUUUGAAUAAACACAUCCUUUAAUAAUUGUGGGUAUCAACAAAGACUGGAAUUAACUGAAGGUUUGUCAGGUUGCCACAUUGAUUGCAUACAGGUGAGUUAAUUUAAGGUGGUGAGUGUCCCGCUUCUGGAGGAAGAACUGGGUGGCGAUUGGGUAAUUGGACAGUCAGUCCGUAUGAGUAGGGGAAUUUCCUACACACAUACAUACAUACAUACAUACAUGUCUGUCUGUCUGUCUGUCUGCUCUACUGUCACAACCAGUGCAGACUAGUUAAGGAGGAGAGCAAACUAGACUACUGAAUAAAAAUGUGAAUUAGAUUAAAUAUAAUCUGCAGAAUUACCAUGUUUUCCAUUACAUUCACAGGAAUGCUCUGCUUUUCCUUCCUCUUACAGCUAUUUAUUAUUCUCUGGUAUACAGGUAUCAUAUCAUUGUGACGGUGCUGGUGUAUGUGCUGCCCCUAGUGGUAAUGGGUAUCACGUACACCAUUGUGGGGGUGACGCUGUGGGGAGGAGAGAUCCCGGGGGAAGCAUCAGAUAACUACCACAGCCAGCUCACAGCCAAGAGGAAGGUAACGCAAAAAUACAACUCCAUUAUACACAUGAGGUCCAUUGGUAAAGCAUGUGUAAUCCAUUUGAAAACCAAUGUGUCAACCAUUGAUUGAAUGCAGUAGAUUCAGCCAUUCAUUUUAACUGGCACAAUCAUGAGACGUCCCAAUUGUCUUAGUUUCAUUCACUCCAGUUAAUUUGGUGUGAGGACUAGAAUACUGUAGGCCUUUUAGAAAUGUGGUUCUGAAAAGAAUUUCUGCAAACAAUAAUAAUACACUGAACAGGCACUUCUGGUGGAUUUGAGGGUUUUUCAGUGUUUGACCCAAUACAUUGUCAUUACAAUAAUUGAUGUAGCUAUACCAUUGAAAAAAUAGCUGACCCUGUACAUGGCACAAAGAUCUCUCUGUGUUCCCCACUGGAUUUGGAGACCCAUCAGGUAAUCCAGCAUUACGCAGGGAAACAACAGAGAUUAGUCUCCUCUUUAGAGAUUACAAUGCAUUCCAUUAACUGGACACAGUGUAUCUCAUCAUGCAUCUUUGCUUGGAGUCCAGGCUCCGUAUGUAUCAAGCGUCUCAGACUAGGAGUGCUGAUCUAGGAUCAGGUUCCCCCUGUCCAUGUUAUCGUAUUCAUUGUGAUCUAAAAAGCAAAACAUAAAUCAUAAAUCAGCACUCCUAUUCUGAGAUGCUUGAUAUAUACGGCCCCUGGUCCCCACAGUUAUCCAUAAAGAUUCAGGUCAUUUGAACCCGUAUGACUAACAUCUAUUAUGCCAGAUGUGGGUUUAACAUUACAGGAGCACAGAUUAUAGAAAGGCAACGCCCAAUACGACAGGUCUAGAUAUGGGAAUUAUUGGGAUAUGGGAUUAUUCCAGGACACCCUGUGAGGGAACCCAGUCUUUAUUUCAGGGUUGUUAUUGUUUUAUUAAUGAGGAUUACACUCAGAUUACGAGGGAUCAGCACACCUGGUUCUUUGUUUUGGAGAGAUAGGCGAGGCCAUGAAACCGUAAUCAUUUACAGUGACUUAUCCAGGGAUGUAACCUGUGAUCCUGCCUGACAUUUGACCUCGGGACCAGCACAUGUUUGGUGUUGUUACUUGCUCUUAUCUUAUUUCAGAACUGAUUCUCUUUUUGAUUGUUUUAUAGUUUUGUUGUUGUUGUUGUUGUUGUUGUUGUGAAAUGCACCUCAAUAAAGCUUGAUAUCAUCUGAUUUAGUUUGAGCAACGCAGUGAAGGAAGGUUAGUGAACCUUGCACUUAUACACAGUUCCAAUUGCUCAGUGGGUUUGAAUGGGCCACAAAUACAGACUAGAAGUCAUUUAGGAUAAAAGCAUCUGCUAAAUGACUGCAUCAUUUUGAUAAGCCUGUUGCUGGAUUUGCCAUUAACGUCCCUGCCAAACCCUUUUUACCAUAGCUAGAUGAGGGCUGUGAGAGGUUCAUUAGGCUGAAUGUCACCCAUUGUCAAACCAUCAGGUCCUACUCUGUGGUUAGUUGAAAAGUAAUUGUUAAUUAGGUCAGCGAUCUGUUCCCACCCAGCUCAAUUUAACCAUGCUGUGACAGCUUCAGCAGACCACCAGUGUUCUCGCGUCAACUACCUGUAACCUGCUGUGUCUUACGUCAUGGAUACCCUUUCUCCUACUUUGUGUAGCUCCUAUUCUGAGUGCUCCAGAGAGGAUUCCACCAGACAACGUUUGCUCGUCAUUAGAUGCAGAGUCCCAAACACACUGUACAUACAAAGAGAUGCCACUGCUUCAUAAGCUUUAUGCCACAUUAUUAAUCAUCCAGAAGAUGAUGCAGGUGGAGCUAGUUGAUCCUUGAUUAUAAGAUCCUAAUUGUUGUUGUUCAUAAACAAGGUGACUGACAGCUUGAUUGAUCACUUGAUUAUCCUUUCCCUGUCAGGGGUUAAUGAAUAAGGUUUGACCUUCAUUUCAAUGUGAUCCCUUGUCAAAGCUGUGAAACCACUUUCGAAAAGCUAAAGAAUGUAAAUGCUGAUUUCAUAACCGAAGAGUGCUUUGGAAUGUUUUCAUACAUGAAGACAUUAACUAUGAACCACUCUAAACAACACCUUCUUCUAAUUAAUUAACUUAGCCUAACUUGUUUAACCCAAGCAGCUGUCGUCUAAUGGUUUUAGCCUUUUUUGGAGUUGUAUUCAUGUGUGCCCCAACAGACUGCAAUCACGACCAAAUCAUUCAUCGUCAGAUGCCCUUGUUGUUGUUCUCCGCAAGACUAUCCUUAGUCUGUGAUGAAGGGCUAACACCAGCUGUGAGUCUUCUCCACUAAAGUGAGAUUGAAUUCAGUGCUCCUACAUCAAGGCUAUUCAAUUUCGACCUUAAGGGACUGAAGUACUGCUGUAUUUGGAUUUAUUUUCUACUUGGUAGUUAAAAGGAUAGUUCGGCCAAAUAACAAAGUGACAUAUUAGUUUCCUUACCCUGUAAGCAGUCUAUGGACAAGGUAAAAUAGCAAUCCAUGCUUUGGUUUUGUUUACAUGGCCCCUAUCUCCAAAUGCUAACUUACUUUGCAUUCUUGGCCCAAAACCAAUGCAAGUCAACAUCCCUGAUAUUAGCAUUUUUCGCGUAUUAUAUGUAAACGUGUUAAACAUGACCAAGCCCAGAGACAUACUGUUAAUCUAAAUCUUUAGGAUGUCUAUAUCUGUGGGAUAUACAGUGCCUUGCAAAAGUAUUCAUCCCUCUUGGCGUUUUUCCUAUUUUGUUGCAUUACACAAACCGGGUAAGUUAAUUGUUUGUUAUAUUGGAUUCUGUAAUGGCCAUCAAGUGAAAUGGACAAAAAAUCACUUUUCAUAAAUUAUAGAGAAUAAAUAACGGACACAGUGGUGCUGCAAUCAUAUUUUACAUUUCAUCUUGUAGCAGGAUGUUUUAUCAGAGCGACUUACAAAUUGUGCACAAUUAGAUAGCCAGUGGGACAAACCACGUAUUUUCAGUUUAGAGUAUUUGAGACUGGGACAGAGGUUCCCCUUCCAGCAGGACAAUGACCCUAAGCAUAAUGCUAAAGCAACACUUUUUUAAGGGGAAACAUUUAAAUGUCUUGGAAUGGCCUAGUCAAAUCCCAGACCUCAAUCCAAUUGAGAAUCUGUGGUAUGACUUAAAGAUUGCUGUACACCAGCGGAACCCAUCCAACUUGAAGGAGCUGGAGCAGUUUUGCCUUGAAGAAUAGGCAAAAAUCCCAGUGGCUAGAUGUGUCAAGCUUAUAGAGACAUACCCCAAGAGACUUGCAGCUGUUAUUGCUGCAAAAGGUGGCUCUACAAAGUAUUGACUUUGGGAGGGUGAAUAGUUAUGCACAUUCAAGUUUUCUGUUUUUUUGUCUUAUUUCUUGUUUGUUUCACAAUAAAAUAUAUUUUGCAUCUUCAAUGUGGUAGGCAUGUUGUGUAAAUCAAAUGAUACAAAACCCCAAAGAAUCCAUUUUAAUUCCAGGUUGUAAGGCAACAAAAUAGGAAAAAUGCCAAGGGGGGUGAAUACUUUCGCAAGCCACUGUAAAGCCUUUUCCACCAUUUAGUGCUUUGCAUGCAAUGCUACUGCACAUUAGUUUCCCAGACAAAGAUUAAGCAUACUGCUGGACUAAAAAGCAUGCUCAAUGGAGAAUCUCAAAGGUUUAGCGAAUGUAGGUUAAAUCUAAAGAGUAAACUGACAGAAUAGAAUCUGUGUGAAAGGCUUUGAGGAGUUUCUUUGAGCUCAGACUGUUUGACUGACAGACUGACCAUUCAUUGGUGGUCACAAUCACUAUUGCUCAAUGGCUGGCAGCCAUCUUGUCACAUGACAUUCUGAGCAUAGUAUAGUUGACUAGACUAUAUCAUGAGAUUACCUACUGUACCUGUUAUAGUGAUGACACAGUAGUAACACAAUAGCGAACACAACAGUGAGGAUACAUGGACAAAGAUCUUCCUCGCUGACAAGACGGACAAAGUGCAGUUUGCAUGGUUCAGGCGUGUCUGAGCUUUGAUAUUCAGGUAGUCUCGUGUAAAGAGACAAAGUCAAAUUCUAUCAGAUGAAACUUCUCAGAACUCCUCCAUACAAGGCAACAAAGUUCCAACUUUUUGCGAAAGCAGAUCUGAUUUCAAGUUUCGAAAUGCUCUUUGAGGAUUUUAAAUGACACAAUCAGUUCAUGAAAUUCACAGGAUCUUUGAAGUGAGCUGGUUCCUUUGUGAUGGCUCUAGGUUGUCAGGUUAGGGAAUGCAUCUAAUUAUUUUGUGGCUCUACCAUCUCCAAUGUAUGGACCGUUGGACCAUCAAUGGUUGUUCUGACCAUUUUUGUGUAAAUUAAGCAAUUGUCUUUUGAGGUUGUGUGAAUGACAGUUUUGAAAGGGGUUGUUGUGAUGAAAAAAGUAUAUCCUAGAUUGCUGCGGCUUCCAGUACAGAAUGAAAAUGCCAACCUGAUGAUUAAUCAAUCAUGGUGCCCACGCUUGUGAGAUUAUAUAUUCGGCGUCAAACAUUCUGUCCAUCUCAGAAUCAGGCACUCUGUGAAACUUGGCAUGAGGUGGCCGACCAACUGUUGAUCGACAUCUUGUCUCAGAGCUACACAGAAUAAAGACAAUGUACUUUAUUUUUCCUAUCUCUCUCUCUAUCUCUAUCUCUCUCUCUAUCUCUCUCUCUCUCUCUCUCUCUCUCUCUCUCUCUCUCUCUCUCUCUCUCUCCUCUUUUCUUUUUCUCACCUUCCUUCCCUGUCUCUCUAUUCCUCCCAUCCUCCCACUAUCCCCUUCCUAACCAGGUGGUGAAGAUGAUGAUCAUUGUGGUGGUGACCUUCGCCCUCUGCUGGCUGCCAUACCAUGUCUACUUCAUUGUGACGGGCCUCAACAAGGCUCUGAUGAGGUGGAAGUCCAUCCAGCAGGUCUACCUGUCAGUGCUGUGGCUGGCCAUGAGCUCCACCAUGUAUAACCCUAUCAUCUACUGCUGCCUCAACAGCAGGUAGGAUCCAGCACCUUGGUGCUGUUCAGUAGGAACCAAAACAUAAGAUGAAGAUAAGCCUUUCCCAUAAAUAAUUUAGAUGUUCUGUUCAAAAAUGUUUUCUUCUUUGUGCCUACUGAACACAACCUAGGCAACCACUGGCUAGAUAAAUAAGACCAGAUGAGAAAACUACCAGUGUACCUUCUUUAGAAUUCAUUAGCCACCUCUCAAAUGUGAAAUAUCUGACCAUGCACUCAUUGUAUGUCUGUCUGGUUUGGGUUGUGGUUUGGAUACAGGUUCCGGGCGGGCUUCAAGCGGGCGUUCUGUUGGUGCCCGUUCGUCCGGGUAUCCAGCUAUGACGAGCAGGAGUUGCGCAACAACAACACCCGCCACCGAUCCGGCCACCAGGGUAGCAUGUGCACCCUCUCCCGCGUGAACACCAGGACCAACAGCAUCAAAAAGGCCGUCUCCAGCUGCCGUGGCAAUGCCGGUGUUAACGGAGAUAACAAUGGUAACCAUGGCAACCUACAGGCGGUAGCUAAGUCCAACCUUUACAGUGACCCCGAUGAUGUGGCCGACAAUCAGUUCUCCUGA